AUGGCAUCUUUAAAAUUUUUCGAAGUGGCAAGAGAACUUGGAACAAUUUGCUUCGGAGCAACUGUGAUUUUCAAUUCAUGUGUUAUUUAUUUGACAUCUUUUCAUACCAAACGAAUUGUUGGAACCUAUAAACACAUGAUUAUAAUAUUCGCCUUUUUUGGAUUAUUAUUUUCAUUUAUGGAAUUGCUUGUUCAUCCAUUUUUUCAUUCUUUCAAUGGAAGUUUUGCAUAUUUCAGUAUCGAAAAAUGUUUCGGAGCAUCGUGGGAAAUUCGAAGUAUUUUAUUGGCUAUUUAUUCUGGUGUUUAUUCAACAGUUAUUUCUUUCAUGGCUGUUCAGUUUAUGUUUCGAUAUUUGACAUUAAUAAAUGAUCCAAAGAUUUCAUAUUUUCAAGGUUGGAAAUUAUUAUAUUGGGUUGGUUAUGCACUUUUCUUCGGAACUCUUUGGGGAAGUUUCGCACAUUAUUUUGGAUACCCUGAUGAAUAUUCUCAAAGUUAUUUACGCGAAGUUAUGUUUGAUAACUACAAUGCUGAUAUUGAAGAUAUUCCUGGAUAUUUAAUUGUUGCAUUUGUAAAUUUCAAAUUCAUUAUUUUUCAGAACAUGAAGAAUAUUUUUUUCAGCAUCCAAGAAUCAAUGAUAAUUCUCCAAAAUUUGUGAGAUGGAUGAAUUUCACUUGCAUCAGUGGUUUGAUUACAAUUCUUGUUAUUCAAUAUUGUAUAGUAAUCUUUUGUGGGGUUCAAAUCUAUUUGAACAUGCACGAAAGAAUGAAACAAUAUUCAGCAACGCAUAGACGAUUACAUGAACAAUUUUUUAGAGCAUUGGUUUAUCAGGUAUGAUCAAUCCAAGAAUUCAUAAAUAGUUUCAAGAUUUCAGAUUUCUGCACCCUCGUUGACUGUUCAUUUUCCAAUUGUUCCAGUCUUAUGUGCUCCAUUUUUCGAUCUUAAAAUGAAUCUACCAAGUGGGCUUAUUGUUACAUCAUUCAGCACAUAUCCACCAAUUGAUAGUUUGAUUCUAAUGCUCGUUGUUUCAGAAUAUCGUGAAGCAUUCAGAAGUAAGAUAACCUUCAAAAACGUUUUUGAAAUAUAUUUUUUCAGAAUUGUCAAAGAAAUAUCUUCCACAACCAAAAGUUAUAAUGAAUAAUUCGGAAAGAAUGUUUCAAAUAAUAAUACCUCACAAAAAUGUUGGAGAAAAUCAUCGAGAAAAUAAUGCGGAUCCUACAGAUUUCAGUGACGUUGUUAUAAGUGCAACAAACAACACUAGAAACGAACAAUCUUUUUUUGUCCCCGGAUAA